AUGGAUAUCGACUCUGUGGGCAAUUCUGAGCAGGAAAGCUCUCAGGGUGGUAAAACCACAAUGUAUGCGUUCAACAGGGACACGCUGACGUUGGGGCCCAUUUCAGAAACAGACGACCCUUCAAUUUCAGGAUUUCCUUCUACGGUAGAUGGUGCCAAUAUUUCAAUUCAACCGAGUAUAAGUGCCCAGGAAGCCUUUUUCACAGAAAACCAACGUGGCUGGAUGCAUGGGGUUGAACCUCCAACUACUAUAUUCAAGUAUAAUCGAUCAGACAGCUCGACUUUGGACGAUAGAAGACACGUUUACGGACUGGAACAGACUAUAUUCACACCUACGGGGCGAUUGGGGCCAGUAGAACAUAGCACGAUACGCAAUAAGACCUCUGAAUUGCCUAAGAUUGAUCCAAAGUCUGAUGAGUGUCCUGAAAAGGUGAAAUAUGAGGCUCCCAAUGGAGGGUUCUCUGGCUACUAUUCUAUGCCUCAACAAGCGAUAAACGCACCCCAUAGGUUCAGACAAGAUAUUGAGAAGCGCAGACUACUCACUGAUAUUCCAAACUGCUGCUACCAUAAUAAUGGCACCGUCAAUGGUAUAUCUUAUAUUUUCGGUGGUCUCGCCGCUUCCAAGUAUAAUGACUUCUCGCAUUUAAACAUCCCCAAUAAUGUGGAUCCCAGCAAAAUAUCCAUAUAUUUUCCCUACGAGCUUCCCCCUUUUGUCAGUCGUGACUUGCUCACAAGUCCCUACAUGGUACAGAAUCCCCACUUGAUCCAAUUCAAUGCCAGCAGAAAUACUAUAACUUAUCUUGACCUGAUGUCUACCACAAAUGUGCCAUGGAGAUUGAAUGGAACCGCAAGCUGCCUCAUUUCACCGCGGCACAUUUUCUUCUUUGGAGGAUAUGAGAUAGAGGUCGAAUCCACGGAGUAUAUUCAGAGCGUUGAUCGAUGGAUCGUGCGUAAGAAGCUCAUCAUGAACGACUUCGGAUACAUUUUCGACUCUCUCACCCUAAAGUUCACAAAGAUACGUCUUGAUCUGAAGAACAGACACGAUAUAAUUCGUGGCCGAGUUGGUUGUGGAAUAACUGCUAAUAUCUACGAACCUGUUGAGUCUGAGGUGGAUAUUCCAGUUCGAAUUCCGCUGCCGCCUGUCUUUACAGAUACAAGCUCAGACACAGAUGUUCUGACGAACAGUAUGUCCCCGGAAGGUCCUAAACACCCUAAUAUUAAAGUCUUGACGGGGUCAGCAUUACAAUCGUCGACUAGUGAAGACUCAAGACAGUCGGCUAAAACCAAUAGCAUUAUCACAGAAAAGGAAACGAAGAAGGAUUCUGCUCCCAAUAGCGCGGUAAGCCCGAGCCACGGGAUGGCUGCAUUGAAAAUGGGAAAUAUUCUUGAAAAGUCGACUAAAAUCUUCCAUCUCAGUCAUCUGCGCAAAGCAUCUGGAAACCUUUCCACAGGUCUUAACAGCCAUCUCACUAAUACCUACUCACAAGAAAUGAGUCGUGUUCGUUCUAACUCACAUGGAAGUAGCAGGCCCACGUCUCCCAUUUUAAAGGCUCAAAACAGUCAUGCUACUACGAAGAAUUCUCUUGCACCAUCCCUUUCAAACGACCAGAAGUAUGCAUCUUCCGUAGAAACUGAUGUCAAAUUCAUACCAACAGCUACACCAGAGCAUGUGGACUCCUUCAGGUUUGGUGGACAUAAGAACUCACAAGCAUCCAAUCAUUCACAUCCGUCAAGAUCCAACACACAAACCUCUAAGUCCGAGCUGGGGGCUGAACUAAACUCUAUUGCUUCCUCAGAUACCAGCCCCAGUUCCAACCUUCUUUUUGAAGAUUCGGUUAUAAAAUCGGGUAUCGUCAGUGUAUCAGUUUUCAUAUUUGGAGGCUUCAAAUGCGUUCUAGAGGACGGUAUAGGCAAGUUCCAAGCCACAAAUGAUUUGUUGAAGAUUGACAUUGGAAGUAAGGACAACCACGAGUCGAUUCAAUUCAUGGAAGAGGCUCUAAUAUACUCCUACGGAGAUGAAGGUGACACCAAGAAAGCGGCCCAUUCUGCUGAUUGGCCCCUGGCCAGAGGGUAUUUUGCAUUUUCUUUAAUUGAGCACCACCGAUCUUUCGUCGACAAUUGCAAAUGGGAUUUGUAUGAGGGAUCCUCACUGUCUACAUUUGACGAUUUGAGCAACUCAAAUCGAGCCAGGUCGCCGGAAUCUGAUAGAUACAAGAGUAAUAAUGCAACGAUGCAGAGAAAGUUCAAGUCGCCGCAAACUUUUUUCAAUGGAAGAGCCCUUUUGAUUCAAGGAGGAAUCAACGAAAAGCAUGAGUCGUUCAGUGAUCUUUACUUGUUUGUGUUCGAUACAGGUAAGUGGACGUCAGUGACAACAUAUGUCCAUGAGUAUUUUGAUUCCGACAAAGAACCACACAUGGCAAAGUGCAAGGAAUCAGAGAAUCCACUACCGCUGCUUGUCGAAGCAGAGCUUCGUGCUUGUCAUCACACCGCCCUUUAUUACAAAAAUGAGGAUCGAGACUACUUGUUCUUUGCUGGAGGGAUCACCAGUGACUGUUUGAAGGGUCCAAAGACGCCAAGUAAUGGCAAGUUUGAUGUUGCUAACUAUGCCAAGUUCCUGCUAUUCUCUGAGAACUCGUAUCUUCUUCGCAUGAUGGUUUUAAACCUACAGACGCAGACGUGGCAGUUUCUCCGCUACUACCAUGGAGACAUAUGUACCACGAACAAAACAUUUGGACAAAUGGUAGCCGAUCGACCAUGGUGGAAAAAUACCAGAAUCUGCUUUGCCGGUGGAUCUGCCUACAUGAAUGAGAAAAGCGUCAAUUUAUGUCACGGGUUGGCAUACCCUGCGCCAGACUCAGAGGAAAAAUGGGAUGCCAUUAAAAAUGAUCUCCCCAUGGGAUAUGCUCUCUGGGGUGCCCAUGUCCUGUUCACGUUCCCCAGUCUUUGA